AUGGCAGACUUUCCCGAGACUGCCGACGGCACGUUGGUUGUCAUGGUGUGCCGUGCAAGGCACCUCCCAAACAGGCGCAAACUCGACAAACAGUCACCCUACGUGCUUCUUCGAAUCAACACCGUGGCACAGAAAACACCGGCGCAUUUCCGCGCGGGCCAGACGCCCGAAUGGACCCACGAAAUCCGGUUCCAGCUUUCCAGGGACCGCAAGGCCGUGAUGCGGCUCGACGUGUUGGACGAGACCAAGGCCGACCCGACGCCCAUCGGCGGCACGGAUAUCGACUGCGCAUCCGUCUUCCUGAACCCAGCAAACCUCCAGGAGUCCGGCAAAUACAUCCUCGACGGCUGGCACGACUUGUCCUUCAAGGACCGCUACGCCGGCAAGAUCUUCCUUGAAAUGACGUUCUACCCGAGUGCGCCGAUGGUCCCACCGAAGCUCGUGCACUCGGCCUCGGCACUUAAGCUUCUUCCCGAGGCUCCGGACGGCCCCGCAAACGACGACUUGCUCCGCCACCUGGCGCCCGCGGCCCCCACAGCGCCGGGCACGGCCGCCCACGACGUGUUUGUGUCGUCGCCGCCGCGAAAACAGCAUUUCUUCCACUCCGCCGGGCCCGAGCCGGCGCCGCCGGACGCCACCGUGUUUGUGGAGGGCACGCGGCCAAAAACAAGCCGCCUAGCCAAGCUCAAGGACAAAUUCAUGGCCAAGGAGCCCAUCACGGGGCUCUGGGCACACGACGCCAAGCCUGGCCCGAGAAGACGGUCGCACGGCGAUUCCGGCGAGUCGCUCAUGCCUGCACCCACCCCGCUAGACAACUUCGAGGAGCUCCUGUUGGAGAUGGGGAUCUAUCCGCCGACGGAGCAGAACAGCAACGGGGCCUCGGCCCGCCUUCCGCUGUCUUCUGCGCCGCCACCGCCCCCACAUUCCGCAUCCGGAGAUGUCAAGUCGCCGGAGCGGCCGGCCAACAUGCAAACCGCAUCCCUGCCGAGCCCGCCGAAAAGCCGCCGCAAGCCGCCGCCAGGCGUGACGGACCACUCGCCGUUGCCGUUCUUGGACACCACCAACAUCCCGUUUUCCGCAGACAACUUCCAGCUUGACGCCGGGCCCAGCGACUUGCUCCCGACCAAAGUGUUCCACAUGGACCGGCCGGUGAAGUCGCUCACGGUGCUGGACACGGACCGCGAGAGCCACCCUGUCAACCCGAACGAGAUCGAUCCUCGCUACUACGCCCCCACCCCCUCGGAACACUUGUCUUCCAGCUCGAAUUGGCAGAAUACGCCCAAGCGCUUCGAGGAAAGCGCCACGCACGACUCGGGGUACCUAGGCGAGGGCUCGUGGAGCAUGCCUAAGAACCCGAAGGGCAAAUUCUCGCCGUCUGUGUUCCAGAGGAUAAAUCUUGAGAACGCCGGCGAGGAAAACAAGCCGCCCGUACCGCCCAAGAUCCCUAGCGGCUUAUCAGAGAAGGAGUACUACGUUUUGGACAAGGACAAAUACUUGAAGGACAUCAACGGGCGGCGGUUUUGA